AUGAGAAUUUUACUUGCACUCUUUUUGAUUGUAGGUAUUGCUUCAGCAAACAGAUUGUUCUCUGAGCAACACUACCAAAAUCAAUUCACCAAUUGGAUGGUCCGUCUCGAUCGUGCCUACGAUGUUUUCGAAUUCCAAGACCGUUACAAUGCCUUUAAAAACAAUCUCGACUUGAUCCACAAGUGGAACUCGCAAGGUCACUCCACCGUUCUCGGUGUCAAUCACUUGGCCGAUUUGUCCAAUGAAGAAUACAGAAAUCUCUAUCUCGGUGUCAAGGUCGAUGCUUCCAGACUUCCACAACAAGCCGCCUCUAUCAAGUUGAACAAGGUUUUCGCCCCAGUUGCCGCCUCGCUCGAUUGGAGAUCAUCCGGUGCCGUCGGUCGUGUCAAGGAUCAAGGUCAAUGUGGAUCGUGUUGGUCAUUCUCUACCACUGGUUCCAUUGAAGGUGCCAACCAAAUUGCCACUGGUAACUUUGCUUCGCUCUCUGAACAACAAUUGAUGGAUUGCUCCCGUGACUAUGGAAACGAAGGAUGCAACGGUGGUUUGAUGGAUGCAGCUAUGAAAUACGUUAUUGCACAAGGUGGUCUCGACACUGAAGAGUCAUACCCAUACACCAUGUCCGACUCUUACACCUGUAAGUUCAACCCAGCCAACAUUGGUGCCAAGAUCUCCUCAUACAUUGACGUCCAAAGAGGUUCCGAAACUGAUUUGGCUGCCAAGUUGAACAAGGGACCAGUCUCUGUUGCCAUCGAUGCCUCCCAUUCCUCCUUCCAACUCUACAAAUCUGGUGUCUACUACGAACCAGCCUGUUCAUCAUACAACUUGGAUCACGGUGUCCUCGCUGUUGGUUACGGUACUGAAGGAUCAUCGAACUACUGGAUCGUUAAGAAUUCCUGGGGUCCAAACUGGGGUCUUUCUGGUUACAUUUGGAUGGCUAAGGAUAAGAGCAAUCACUGCGGUAUCUCAUCGAUGGCUUCAAUUCCAGUUGUCUAA